AUGCGCACUUCGCUUUCUUUUGUGGUGUUGCUCGCCGUAUCAGCCAAUGCGGCUCGUCGUUCCUCUCAUUUGCAUGCGGCCCAGCGAAUGCACCGACGUGCACCAAAUAGCGAUAAAAGUGGGAUACCUUUCCAACAACCGUGCAAACUCAUCGUGCUGAAAGCUCCGUUUACAGAGAUCGUCGUACAAAUGUUCGGCUGGAACUGGAAUAGUAUUGGAGAUGAAUGCGUUCAGUUUCUCGGCCCUACCGGUGUCGGAUUUGUGCAGGUCAACCCUCCUCAAGAGCAUCUAGCCGGCGACCAAUGGUGGGUGGAUUACCAGGUAGUCAGUUAUCAACUCCAGUCAAAGCGAGGGUCACGCGCUGAGUUUGCGGGGAUGAUCAACAAAUGCAAAGGGGCGGGUGUAAAAGUCAUGGUUGACACCAUAUGGAAUCAUAUGGCUGGUGUUGACAACGGCGUUGGGACUGCUGGAACUCAAUUCAGCCACUAUAAUUACCCUGGCUUGUAUCAGUGGAAUGAUUUCCACCAUUGCGGAUUAACCAACAAUGAUGAUAUUCAAAACUGGGGCGAUACCGAGCAAAUAUGGAACUGCGAACUAUCCAACCUAGCAGAUCUCAACUCCAACUCGGAAUACGUCCAAGGCAAGCUUGCGGAAUUCACCAACGACUUACUCAGCCUAGGUGUUGAUGGGUUGCGCUUGGAUGCAGCGAAGCAUAUUCAUCCAUGGGAUAUUGGCCAGGUUAUAAACCGGCUCUCGCGUAAACCAGACUAUAUCACGCAAGAGAUUGUCGAUACCUCUGGCUCUAUGGUCGGCAUGUAUACUGGUAUCGGUGAUAUCCAAGAGUUCCGCUAUUCUGAAGCGCUGAGGGACGCAUUUAAUUGGAACGGAAUUGCAGGAUUGAGAGGAAUCGAAAAUCGGGGGUGGUUGGCAUCCAACUUAGCCAACGUCUUUGUGACAAACCAUGAUCAGGAACACGACGGAGCUGUCCUUUCGUAUAAAUCGGCGAGCAAUACCUAUACUCUGGCUCACGUUUUUAUGCUAUCUUAUCCCUACGGCACCCCAACUAUCCUUUCCAGUUAUACUUUUAAUGACAAAAAUGAGGGUGCUCCAAACGGCUCAUACGGAACUUGCUACGGUGCGGGAGGGGUGAACAACUGGUUGUGCCAACACCGCUGGACUCCUAUCGCCGGAAUGAUUGGGUUCUACAAUCAAGUUGGCAACGCUGGUUUGACCAAUUGGGCACAAGGAUCCAACCAGCAAAUCGCGUUUGGUCGUGGUAGUGUUGGGUUUGUUGCUAUCAACAACGAGAAUUGGGAGUGGACGUCGACUUUCCAGACGUCCCUCCCGAGCGGUACUUACUGCGACGUGGCAAGUGGGAAGAAGGAAGGCAACAACUGCACUGGAGGAAGUGUUGCAGUCUCUAAUGGCUCAUUUACCGUGACCAUCCCCGGUCGCAGUGCAGUUGGCUACCAUACUGGCGCCAAGUAUUGA